GGGUUAGGGUGUGCGCACGACGGUUUCAGUUCCUGGGGGCAGUCUGUGCGGAGGCAGUUGCAAUGUCCGGGAAACCUCUGAGAGUACUGGCCUGUGGGGAUGUUGAAGGAAAAUUUGAUAUAUUGUUCAAUAGAGUGCAAGCUGUUCAGAAGAAAAGUGGAGAAUUUGAUCUACUUUUGUGUGUUGGGAACUUCUUUGGCUCUGCUUCAGAGACCGAGUGGGAGGAAUACCGGACAUGUGUCAAGAAAGCUCCUAUUCCAACGUAUAUCUUGGGUGCCAAUAACCAGGAAACUAUAUAUUAUUUUCCAGAUGUGAAUGGCUGUGAACUAGCUGAAAAUAUUACGUAUUUAGGUCGUAAAGGUAUUUUCAACAGUGUCUCAGGAUUGCAGAUUGCCUACCUGAGUGGUACAGAAUCCCAGAGUGAGCCUGCUCCUGCCUAUAGUUUCAUCAACAAGGAUGUGGCAGAACUAAAAACAUCUUUAUUAUCUCUUCCAAAUUUCAGAGGUGUUGAUAUCUUGCUGACAUCCCCUUGGCCCCGAGAUGUAGGGAAUUUUGGAAAUAAACCUGGACAAGUGGAUACUAAGAGAUGUGGCUCCGUGUUAAUAUCUCAUUUAGCUACAAGUCUGAAGCCAAGAUAUCACUUUGCUGCAUUGGAGAAGAUCUAUUAUGAAAGACUUCCUUAUAGAAACCAUGUGGUUCUACAGGAGAAUACACAGCAUGUGAGCAGAUUUAUAGCACUGGCCAACGUUGACAAUACAAGCAAAAAAAAGUAUCUCUAUGCAUUCAGUAUUCUCCCAAUGAGCUCAAUGGACCUCACAGAGCUAGUGAAACAGCCACAGGAUGUCACUGAGAACCCAUAUCGGAAACUUGGGAAGGAGGCAUAUAAGCCCAAGAUGCUGUCAAGUGCAGAGGAAGAACCAGCUUGUCAGUUUUUCUUUGAUUUGAGCAAACAGCAUGGAAAUAAGCGGCAGUCAGAUGAAAAAGGAGGACAGCAUUUCCAGCGCAAGCAGCUUAAGAAGAUCUCCAAGCCAACUGGCCCCUGCUGGUUCUGUCUUGCCAGUCCUGAAGUUGAGAAACAUUUGGUGGUUAGCAUCGGCACACACUGCUAUCUUGCCCUUGCCAAAGGUGGUUUAUCAAAUGACCAUAUCCUGAUUUUACCUAUUGGGCAUUACCAGUCAGUGGUUGAACUUUCUUCAGAAGUGAUGGAAGAAGUAGACAAGUACAAAUCUGCCCUGAAGGAGUUUUUCAGAAGCAAAGGAAAAAGAUGUGUGUUGUUUGAAAGAAAUUACAGAAGUCAGCACCUACAGUUGCAGGUGAUUCCUGUACCACUCAGCUGCUGUACUACUGAAGACAUUAAAGAGUCCUUUAUUUUACAAGCACAAGAACAGCAGAUUGAAUUAUUAGAAAUCCCAGAGCACUCAGAUAUCAAGCAAAUUGCACAGCCAGGAACACCUUAUUUUUAUGUUGAACUGGACACUGGAGAGAAGCUUUUUCACCGUAUUAAGAAAAAUUUUCCCUUGCAGUUUGGAAGGGAAGUGUUGGCGAGCGAAGCCGUUCUGAAUGUUCCAGAGCGAGUGGACUGGCGCCAGUGUACGGCCAACCGGGAUGAGGCAGAGGCCACUGCUAGGGCCUUCAGGGAAGAUUUCCAGAUUUUUGAUUUUUCUGAACUGCAGUAAUUCUGUUCCCUCAGGGCUGAUUCUAUGGACCCUUUUUCCUGAUGGUCAGCACAGCUGCCCUUGCCCAGGCUUGGGCGCACAAGUUGAAUUCAGCCUAUGCUGGGGCCAAGGGGCAAGGUGCUGGGCAGGAUGGGGAGCAUGCAUCUUUUAUCCCUGCAAUAAACUUUAUACUUUUCUGUGC